AACUCGUCGGUUUUGUACUGAGCUGAUUUGGUUGUCUGAUCGAUCGAUUCGACCGAAACUACUUUGUAGUUAUGUCUUGAUCCCGGAGCCUCGGAGUCGGAGGUACUUACCGUUUUCUUCCACGAAGAUGCCUUGGCCAUAUUGAUCUGCUCUGGUGACUGACGUUGGAUAAUCAGAAUACAAGUACAGGAGAUACAUUUAGGCCGUAGUGAUGAGGGAGAGCAUAAGUAAUUUUUCUCCAACUACAACUUUUCGUUGAUGUCCUGCAUUGAAAUAUCCGUCAUACAAUGAAUAGCAGUCUCAGCCAAGGUCGUUUGCCCUUCAAGCGGAUCACGCCGGCCAUAUUCUCUGCUGGUAAAUUUCACGAUGAAGAUGAGGACGACGACUUUGAGGACGCUCCACUUCGAAAAGGAGUUUCACCUCAUGCUAACCCUGCCAAGCGACUAUGCUCCACUCCUGCUCCCACUUCGGCCUCAUCUGUAGCCAGAACACCCAUCGAUCCGUGUGCCCGGUUUCAGCCACUUGCCUCUGAUUCACGCUCAUCCUCUGGGAAGCGAUUGCAAAAGCAAGUACCGACUACGGUCACCACCGCCAAGGCUACCAGUGGCAUAUUUCGGCAGGCUGGCAGGCGCAUACUGGGAGCACACAAUGCUCCUCGCCUCCGUCUUCUGCCUGACGACUGCGACGUACCUGCAGGCGAGGAAAGCCUGGAUUGCGAUGACGAGCUGUUUGCAGAUGAUAAUAUCAUUGACUUGACAUGCAGCCAACCCGUCCCCCCACCAGCCGUGAUGAAAGGAAAGCGUAAGGCGGUCAUCAUGGACUCUGAUUCAGAUGACAACUGUGAUGAUAGUGCUGGUGGUGGUGAUGACAAUGGCCCCAGCAGCACUGCUCGCAAAGCUGAAGACCGUGACACUGUGAAUAGGACCACUCCAGGAAGUAGGGCAACUUUUUUCGAUUCCAGUGAUGAUGAUGAUGACCUUCCAGACGUGGGUUUGGCUGGAAUGUCUACAUCGGCUACUCGCGACAAGCCGGUUAGAAGGCCUCCUUCACCGUCCUUGUUUUCACCUGUGAAACGCCGGGCAGCAGAUGAGAGCGUGCUGGAAGAUGCCCUUGAUCAUGGUGACAGCGGUGGUUGUGGUCAGGAUUUGGACAGCAUUGAUGACAUUGCUGCCGAGCAGCUUGAAGCGGAGAUGAAAGAUUUCGCUGACUUUGAUGAUGACAACGAUGGCUGUGCUGCUGCUGCUGCUGCUGAUGAUGAUGAUGGAAGCGAUGGUGGCAGCUCUGAGAAGUCACCAGCUACCAGCACAGUGCCAGCUGCUGGAGCUGGUUCGCCUGGCGUUGUCUCUGGUGCUGCUUGCGGCAGCUCAAUCGGUGAUGAUGCAUGUGACCGGGAGGACAUCGAAGCAGAAGAGUGCAAAGCACCCAAUCUGGAUACGGGCAUUGAUAUUGGCGACGAAGAUGAGAUGCCGCUCGGUAUGGACUCGGACGCGGAAUUUGAUCGUUCCUUCGACCUGGACAAAGCCGUGUCGGACGCCAUUGACAACUUAAACUCUGAUGACGGGCUUGGCGAUGCCACACUAGCAGAGUUGAAUGGUGCUGCAUGUGCUGCUGGACAGGAGCAGCAGCCGAACAACGAGAUGCAGGUUGAGCUGGCGCCCGGCGAGGAGAAGGACAACGGACACAAUGAACACGGGAUUAUUGACGUUGAUGAGGAAUUUCCUGACGAUGAAUGGUAUGAUGCUGAGUACAGCAAGGAAACCGGGAAUGAAGCCAUGAAUCCUCAGUGGUGUGACUUUCUCAUGACUUAUCCGAUAGAAGAGCCUCUAAGCACCGACUCCCAGGAAGUCCGUGGACUGUUAGCUACAGCCGUUCAAUCCGACUGGAGCGGUGGUGAAGCCGUGGAACACCUUCAGAAUCUGUUACUGAUGCACGCCAGCAUCAUGACUGAGAUUUGCCAGCAGUUAGAGACUGCAGGCCCGCCGUCUCUACAGCAGGUCUUCGGUGACGGUGCCCAGAAAAUCAUGAAGCUGUUGAGCUUGAGGAAAGGAUUCUGCCGAAGGGCAGAGGUAACCAAGGAGCACUUGGCAGCAGCACUGGAAACCGACGGUAAUUUUGACGACGUAGACCCUUCUGUACAGCCCCCGGCUUCUCCGAACUCCAGCUCAAUAUUGCCACGUGGAACAGAUGAGUCAACGGGAUCAUUUCGCUUGGCUGCUCCACAAGUAUCACCAACACCCCGUCCUAGCCAUCAAUUGUCGUCUCCAUUUGCAGGUAAUUCCAGGAGUCCUGACUUGUCCAAGUCUGCCACAGAUAGAAGUGCUCACAGGAAUGGUGCGAAUCCGUAUAGCAGUGCGCAUUGCCAACAGCAGGACAGCGCUAUUGCAUCGAGUGCGGAUCGCUUGAGUAACAGGAACGAUGACAGUGGCAAGAUGCAAACCAUCAGCUCUACGCCUCGGCGGGGGACCAGACAGCAACACCAUGUGGCUGAUUUUGGCAGAACAGGUGCGGCUGCUGACCCCGACGCAGGGAUGACUUGUCCCCUGGAUGAUCAACUCUUGGCUGAGCACAUUCUUGAGCACGAGAAUGAUGAAAUCACUAGCCAUGCUGAUGAUGCACCAACGUUUCACAGCAACAAUGGCCAAUUGGCUGACAAAGCCGGUGGCGGUACUCCUCGCUUCAGAUUCCAGCCACCCAGACCUGCCUCCACGAAGCCAAUGACAACACCAAACUCAAGCACAGUGGCUGCUGCAGCAACACCUCGCUCCACAUCUUGUUCGUCUUCUCCAGCACUAUCAUCCCUGGCCUCGUCGUCAUUUUCGUCUAGUGUCGCUGAAAAUCGUCGAACCUUGUCUGUGGGAGGACCCAGGCAGCAAACAACCCUGAGCUCUUACGUCAUCAACAAGCAACCACCAACAGCUGCAGUGUCACCUGUCGUUCGAAGCAGUUCCACACCUGCCGGAUCAUUCUCAUCCCCAGGUCAUCUUGCAUCAUCAUCAGCAGCAGCAGCGACAGCACCGGAUGAAGGAUUUAGCAGUGCUGCCGGUACGCCGCAAGGCACUUCCUCAUCAGCCGCGUCCACUGGUCUGUGCAAACAAUUCAAGCCUCCUGUUCGUGCCAAUGUUCCCCCGCUCGCUGGCACUCAUCGUCAAGCGUCCAGUGGAAAUGGUGCCGGUCUCAGCAGCACACAGCCCAUGACGCAGAUUGUUGCUACCGACACCAGUCGCUUUUCGUCAGUCCAAUUCCCGCACUCUAACCGCUUGUGGAACAUCUUUGAUGGGACAUUUGGCUUGAAAGAGUUCCGUCCACAGCAGCUGGAGACCGUCAAUGCUGCGGCACUGGGAAACGACUGCUUUGUGCUGAUGCCUACUGGUGCCGGCAAGAGCUUGUGCUAUCAGCUACCUGCACUGCUCGAGCAGAAGGUCACCAUUGUCAUCUCACCGCUCCGCUCUCUCAUCCAUGACCAGGUGGAGCGUCUGAGAGGCAUGGGGAUUGGCGCUGCCCACCUAUCUGGUGACAUGAGCAUUGAUCAGAUUUCGUCAAUCUACGACUGUUUGUUCAUGCGGCCUCCCAACAUACAGUUGCUGUACGUCACACCAGAAAAGCUGGAAGCCAGUCAGAAGCUGAAGGAUGCUCUCCGCUACCUGUAUACGCACAAGCGCCUCAACCGAUUUGUUGUUGAUGAGGCCCAUUGUGUCAGUCAGUGGGGCCACGACUUUCGGCCAGACUACAAGCGCUUAGGCGGGCUGCGACGUCAAUACGCCGAUGUACCUAUCAUGGCCGUCACCGCUACUGCAACGCAUCGUGUGCGCCAGGACAUACUGCACAUCAUGAGCAUGCCUGAUGCUUGCGUCUUUUCCACCUCAUUCAAUCGUCCCAAUCUGCACUACUUUGUGCACCAGAAGAAGGCCCGUCGUGUCAACCAGGAUAUUGCUGAAUUGAUCAAGAAGGAGUAUGCUGGCCAGUGCGGCAUUGUGUAUUGCCUAGCCAGGCGAGAGUGUGAAGUGGUGGCCGAGGUGCUGAGGAACGAAAACAUCGCUGCCGUGCCGUACCACGCCGGACUCAGCGAUGCCAAGCGUGUCGAGGUUCAGAACAACUGGCUACUGGAGAGGCGAUGCAAGGUGGUGUGUGCCACCAUUGCAUUUGGCAUGGGUAUAGACAAGCCAAACGUGCGCUUUGUCAUCCAUCACUCCAUGCCAAAGUCCGUGGAAGGCUACUACCAGGAGUCUGGCAGAGCUGGUCGUGAUGGCAAGCAGGCAGACUGCAUCAUGUUUUACACGUACGCCGACAGCCAUCGCAUUAAGCGCAUGAUCAACAAGGAAGAGUCAGCCACAGUCAGCUCGGCGCAGCAGCACUUUGACAACCUGUUCCGCAUGGUUCAGUACUCUGAGAAUAAGUCCGACUGCCGGCGAGCGCAGCUGCUCAAUUACCUGGGAGAGUCCGCGUUCCACAAGAGCCAGUGCAAGGCGACCUGCGACAACUGCCGCGACCAGGGAACCAUGCAGGAGGAGGAUGUGACCGAGAUUGCACGGCUCUUUGUGCUUUUCGCCAGGCAGACGGUUUCGUCACGCGACAAGUUCACGCUGACGCACUAUGUGGACGUGUGCAAGGGUUCUAACAAUGCAAAGGUCCUCAUGCACAAUCAUAACCAGUCGACACUCUUCAAUUGCGCCAGCCGGUUCUCUCGCAACGACUGCGAGCGCCUCGUCCGUCACAUGGUGCUGCGUGGCGUGCUGACCGAGAGCAUGAAAGUCACCGAGCACGACACGGUCAUUGCUUACCUGCAGCCGGGCAAGCGCGCCAACGACGUCAUGGCCAACAAGUACCAGAUCAAGUUCCAUCGUCGCGUGUCCAGCGCUCCAGUGUGCACGGCCAAGAAGCUGUCUGCUGGCGACGAGAGCAAGCGUAAGUUCCUGCAGCACUGCCUCGACGCCCUUAGCGCGUUGCAGAAAGAACUGGCCGGGCGCGACGGGGUCAACCCGGAGACCGUCAUGCGCACCAAAGCGCUCGACUCGCUCGCCAAGGACCUGCCCAGCACUCGAGCCCAGCUGCUUGGCGUCGAGUCGAUUGCCCGCACUCACGUGGAGAAGUACGGCACUGAGUUCCUCGAGCUUAUCCAGCAGCUCCGCACGGAGAGAGAUGGCAACAGUGCGGCCAACAGUGGCCGUGGCGGUGGUGGUGGUGGUGGUGGUGGUGGUAGUGGUAAUUCCAACGCUGGUCUUAACACACCUGGCCAGUCACGCUACUUCAAUGCUAAUGGACAGAAAUCUGCUGCCAGUGCAGCAACAAACAAGUUUCAGUCAUCUGACUUUGCUGGUGAUUGGUUCUCCGAUGAAGACAACGACUUUGAUGAUGAGCUGGAUGGUGGGGACGAUGCCGAGCCAACCAACCAAGGUGCAGACCAUUUCUUGGAAGAGGUACCGGCCGAUUGGUCAACUUCUGUGCCGCCAGCAUCAUCUAACCGACGCGGUGGCGGAGGACGUGGGAGGGGUCGCGGUAGAGGACGUGGAGGACGGUCUUUCGCUGGCAAGGGCCGCGGUGGCUGGAAAUCCAAGUCAAAACGAGGCGGCAGUGGUGGUGGUGGUGGCGGUGGCUCGUACAGGGGAAGAAAAUCCGGUGGGUCAUCAGCAGCUUCCUCAGGCAGUACUGUGCUGAGCACAGGUGUAUGGAUAUCUAAACCUACCAACAUGCCUGGUCAAGCCAGGCCACCUUCAUUCCUGCCUAGGCCGACACCGAGAAGCCGUUUCAAUUGAGUGUACUCGCUUCUCCCCCCCCCCCCCCCCCCCCCUGUUUCAGACCCUCUAUCUCUAUAAGUUAACCUUGCCUGUUCCAAAUUUCUCUGUGGGCCAGAGUUAUGAUUUAGUUUAGAAAAAAAUGCAUCUCACAAGUCUCUGGCAUCUGACCUUACUUUACUGGUUUCAUCUGUAAUAGCUCAAGUACGGUACUCAACGACUCUUCAUUUCAAGGUCAUUCCAAUGAUUAUUUAGCCCUGUACGUGGGAUUAGGCAUACUAUUGUAUUAUUAUUAUUAUUAUUAUUAUGCAUCAGUUGCUUUUAGGUACCUUCAAGACUGCUGGCCAAGCUUCAGUUUUCUUUUCUUCUGAUUUCUGUACCGACACUGUACCACUGAUCGUAGGUAGACUAGACCCAUGAUAUUAAUUUUCGUUUCUGGUUCCAAGAAGUCAUGCCAGCAUGCUGUGCAGCUUUAUUGUCAGUCACACAUCAUGCUUUCUGCAUGCUCCUCCUGGUCAUGCAUUGUGUUGUCCACACUGCCAUUCCUGUGUGAUCCCAUUAUUAUUCAGUAUGGAAUCAAUGGUAUUUGUCCAACUCCGA